CACACUUGGGUGGUACUGCUGGACUCCUUGCUUGCUCUUCUUCCAAGCCGGCGGCUCAAUUGGAGUUAACCCCCAAUGCCAUCCAUACACCCAGGGGUCUAUUUACAACUCAGAAGACCCAAGAGCCCACAAUCCUGCUGAAUGGAUCAAUGGCCUUAAGGAAAGGGAAACAGAGACCCCGCGGAUCCACACCCUGGCAGCGAGUGACAAUGCCCGGACAGAACUGGAAAUAGGAAAUGCAUGGCGAGAGGUGAUGUGCCUCAUCAACUGUGGCAUAGACCUCCAGCUAUCUGAAGGGACGGCCACACAAGGGAGUCAGCUGAACGCCUG